AUGGUCUAUGAGUUACUAUUAUUGCUUCCCGCGGAAGCACGUAUGGAUGCUCACGAUAAGUCGAGGGAGGUGUCCUUUGUGGCUUGGGCGACAUGGCUUCAGAGGAAGUAUGGCAGAGCGACGGUGCCGAUCUACAGUACGACGAUGAUGGAUCGGGGUAUGGAAGACACGAGGGCUAGACAGUAUCGAGUGCUGUUCAAGUCAUGUCCGUCGUGCGGCGUCGAGCACUUGCGCAAGGAUUGUCCGUACAGGGGCGUAUAA